AAGAAAAAAAAAAAAAACCAACCUAGCUUCUUCUCAGCAUAUUCAUUUGAAGUUACAGGAGAUACAAGCGCUGUCUCAUCAAAAAUACACCCCCCGCGAAUCGCGUAAUCUCUACCCAACAUCAACCGCUAUACAACCUUCGUAGUACACUCUACCUUGAAGAUGCCUACUGCAUUCGCGACGACAACGACACCAACCCAAUCCAGCAACAUUGCUCCCGCUCCCUCAAAGAUAAUUCACCGCAUCCGCACCCAUCCUACCCUUCCCCCGCACCGCCGAAAGAUCUACCUGACUCUACUCACCGUCCCCGCGGGAAGAUGGACGACGUACGCUGCCCUGGCCAAGCACCUGGGCACCAGCCCGCGGGCCAUCGGCGCCGCGAUGCGUCUGAACCCCUUUGCCCCGGACGUGCCGUGCCACCGCGUGCUGGGGGGUCCCGGGCGGUUGGUCGGGUAUUCCGGGGGCCCGGGGGCGGCCCCGGGGAAAGCGAAAGAAGGGGUGGGAAUGAAGCGACGGUUGCUGGAGGGGGAAGGGGUUUGUUUUGAUGGGGAGGGGGUGGCAAGGGGGAUUUGUUUUGUUGAUUUUGAGAGGAUGUGA